GGGCUCCACCUCCCGCCCCGCCCUGACAGCCGCGGCACCCGCGGUCCCGAGUGCCCCGAGUGCUCCGAGUUCUCCGAGAGCUGCGGUGGCCCGGAGCUCCUGGAAGAACUAGAUCGCGGCUCUCGAAAAGUCGUCCGAGAGAGCCGCUCACUGGGGCCAGAUCCAGCCAUGAGCUACCCUGGCUAUCCUCCGCCCCCAGGUGGCUACCCACCAGCACCAGGUGGCGGUGCCUGGGGAGGCGCCGGCUACCCUCCGCCCAGCAUGCCCCCCAUCGGGCUGGACAACGUGGCCAACUACGCAGGGCAGUUCAACCAGGACUACCUCUCAGGAAUGGCGGCCAACAUGUCUGGGACGUUUGGAGGAGCCAACGUGCCACCAAACCUGUACCCUGGCGCCCCCGGGGGUGCUUACCCUCCGGUCCCCCCUGGGGGCUUCGGGCAGCCCCCUCCCACCCAGCCGUCGGUCCCACCAUAUGGAGUGUACCCACCCCCUGGAGGAAAUCCACCCUCUGGGGUGCCCUCCUACCCUCCAUUCCCAGGGGCCCCCGUGCCAGGCCAGCCCAUGCCACCCCCUGGACACCAGCCCCCAGGGCCCUACCCUGGGCAGCCCCCAGUGACCUACCCUGGGCAGUCUCCAGUGCCACCGCCUGGGCAGCAGCAGCCGAUGCCAAGCUAUCCAGGAUACCCGGGGUCCGGGACCGUCACUCCUGCUGUGCCCCCAGUCCAGUUUGGAAACCGAGGCACCAUCACAGAUGCAUCCGGCUUUGACCCCCUGCGCGACGCCGAGGUCCUUCGGAAGGCCAUGAAAGGCUUUGGGACGGAUGAGCAGGCCAUCAUCGACUGCCUGGGGAGCCGCUCCAACAAGCAGCGGCAGCAGAUCCUGCUGUCCUUCAAGACAGCUUACGGCAAGGAUUUGAUCAAAGAUCUGAAAUCCGAGCUGUCAGGAAACUUUGAGAAGACCAUCUUGGCGCUGAUGAAGACCCCGAUCCUUUUUGACGCUUAUGAGAUAAAGGAAGCCAUCAAGGGGGCUGGCACCGAUGAAGCCUGCCUGAUCGAGAUCCUCGCUUCCCGCAGCAACGAGCACAUCCGGGAACUGAACAAAGCCUAUAAAACAGAAUUCAAGAAGACCCUGGAGGAGGCCAUUCGGAGCGACACGUCGGGGCACUUCCAGCGGCUCCUCAUCUCCCUCUCCCAGGGAAACCGGGAUGAAAGCACAAACGUGGACAUGUCUCUCGUCCAGCGAGAUGUCCAGGAGCUGUAUGCAGCCGGGGAGAACCGCCUGGGAACAGACGAGUCCAAGUUCAAUGCCGUUCUGUGCUCCCGGAGCCGGGCCCACCUGGUGGCAGUUUUCAACGAGUACCAGAGGAUGACAGGCCGGGACAUCGAGAAGAGCAUCUGCCGGGAGAUGUCCGGGGACCUGGAACAGGGCAUGCUGGCCGUGGUGAAGUGUCUCAAGAACACCCCGGCCUUCUUUGCCGAAAGACUCAACAGGGCCAUGCGGGGAGCAGGGACCAAGGACCGGACCCUGAUCCGCAUCAUGGUGUCCCGCAGUGAGAUCGACCUCCUGGACAUCAGGGCCGAGUACAAGCGGAUGUACGGCAAGUCGCUGUACCACGACAUCUCGGGAGACACUUCGGGGGAUUACCGGAAGAUUCUGCUGAAGAUAUGUGGCGGCAAUGACUGAGCGGUAUCCCGGGGCUCACGGCUGCCCACCCGCCAGCAAGGGUGAGGACAGGAAAAGGCUGGAAGAAUGUCUCUUUCUAACGAAUCCACCCAGCAGCCCCCAGGCGCACCGUCCGCAGAGCCCGAGCCGGGCACCCUGCUGAAGGGCCCGGCUCGGUCCACACUCUCAGGAUGCCUCUCCCUCCCCACGCGGCCCCGCAGCCUCUCGCUGCUGGAGUAGAUGUGUGCUUUGCUGACUCCUGCAAUCGUCUCCCGUGCUUGUGCCUGAGCCCCCAUGGCUUCAUUUUAGUGGUGAAAGAUUCCGUUUCUGUCUGUCGUCACACUCACACAGGUCUGUUUGCUGGGGGCACGUUUCUGGUGGUGGUGGUGGUGGGGGUGUCCUUUCCUCACAGAGGCGGAAAAGGGAGGACCAGUGAGGGUGAUCUUUGCAUCUGGUGAGAAUGUGUCAUGAGCUUUGUUAUUGCCAAACUCACUCCUUUUUUAGGAAAAAAAAAAAAAAAAAAAAAAAGGCCAGAAAGUCUUCUGUUGCAUUUUCUAUGUAACCACGAGGACAAAGCCAGUUCCCUGCCAGUGACGAAACUUCUUGUACUUUGGAAUGUGCCUUAAACCUGAAUGUCUCUAGCCAAAAACUGUUUUUCCAAAUUAAAGUUAGCCAGUUCUGGAAUGUUCUGGAAAUGUC